AUGCCGCCCAAGGAUGACAAGAAGAAGAAAAAUGCCGGAAAGUCGGCCAAGAAAGACAAAGAUCCAGUGAACAAAUCUAGGGGCAAGGCCAAAAAGAAGUGGUACAAAGGCAAAGUUCGGGACAGGCUCAGUAACCUAGUCUUGUUUGACAAACUCUGUAAAGAAGUUCCCAACUAUGAGCUUAUAACUCCAGCUGUCAUCUCUGAGAGAUGGAUGAUUCGUGGUUCCUGGCCAGAGCAGCCCUUAGGAGCUCCUUAUAAAGGACUUAUCAAACUGGUUUCAAAGCACAGAGCUCAAGUGGUUUACACCAGAAACACCAAGGGUGGAGAUGCCCCAGCUGCUGGUCAAGAUGCAUGA